AUACAGAAGAGGACGACGCAAUUGCCGGUGCCGUAGAGAAUUUCCAAUUGAUGAUCACAUCCUUCGCGGGAUCAGCUCAUCUCUCUCCUUUGGUUAAUUGGAUUCCGAGUUUCUUCGAUUUAAGUGAUUUUGUUAUUUUAUGUAUCUCAAUUGCUAGAGCAUGUGUAUGUAUCUCUCAUACCACGUUCGCUCAACGGUUGUUUAAACUCGAUUCUCGAGCUUACUUAAAGAUUUUUUUGAAAGAUCUCAAUCCAAGGUUCAUUGUUUGGCCACACUGUAGAAUUUUGGUUGCUUAGCCUUAAAAAUUCAUGUUUAUGCAGGUGGAAAAGUCUAGCUGAGUGAGAAAGAUAGUUCCUAAUGGGGAUAAGAUACCUGCUCAUUUCCUUGGCAACAUCAGCUUUGGGCUUCGUUGGCUUAAUAGUCUGGACGGAUUUGUGUAAGGAUAGGCUUAGAGCUGAUGGGAUAAUCACCAAGAACAUUUCUUUAGGUGAUUCUCAGGAUGCCCUUCAGCUGUUUCUGUCUUCUCGCACUACAAUUGCCUUGCUGGCGAGUUUUGUGCUCAAUCUCUACAUUCUUCUGGUUCUUAAUCUCAAGACUCUGUUUUUUGGAGACCUAUAUGCUGUUGAAACUAAAAAGCUGGUGGAAAGACUCGCCAAUUACAUCAUUUACAAGGGAACUUUUUUGCCAUUAGUGGUUCUGCAAAAUGCAUUUCAGGGGAUCCUAUGGACAAUCUGGUUGAUUGUUCUGUGUACUCUAAAGAUGUUUCUAGCUUUGGCUAGAGAACGGCUUGAAAGAUUGAGUGCAUCUCCUUCUUCUACACCUUGGACAUACUUUCGUGUGUAUUCAGCACUGUUCAUGGUUCUCUCUGUUGAUUUGUUAUGGAUAAAGCUUUCGCUAAUGAUGUACAAUACAACUGGUUCAUCUUUGUAUAUAUUGUUACUUUUUGAGCCAUGCAGUGUAGCUUUUGAGACCUUGCAGGCGUUAUUGAUUCACGGGUUUCAGUUGCUGGAUAUGUUGAUCAAUGACUUAGCAGUCAAAAAUUUAGACUGCCAAAGAUCGCGGUUUCUUGAUUCUAUGACAGCAGGCUCAUUAUUGGAAUGGAAAGGCAUCCUCAACCGGAAUCUUGGCUUCUUCCUAGAUAUGGCAAUGGCACUCGGUCAUUAUUUGCACAUGUGGUUGCUUCAUGGAAUGGCCUUUUCUCUGAUGGAUGUAUUUUUGGUUCUCAACAUACGAGUCAUUUUGGGAGAAAUUUUGAAACGAAUUAAAGAGUUCAUUAAACUGAGAGUGGGUUUAGGUGCUCUUCAUGCAGCUCUUCCAGAUGCAACUUCAGAAGAGCUACGCGCAUUUGAUGAGGAAUGUGCUAUAUGUCGGGAACCAAUGGCUAAGGCUAAAAGAAUUCACUGCAACCACCUUUUUCAUCUUGGAUGCUUACGAUCAUGGUUGGAUCAAGGCUUAAAUGCGGUUUACUCUUGUCCUACAUGCCGUAAGCCUCUUUGUGUUGGUAGAACUUAAAGUGAGACGAAUCCUACCACAGGAGAAGUCUCAAGCGAUGAACAGUUGAAAAAAAAUAAUCCUGCGCAUGCACUAACCGAGACGCCAAAUUCCAUCGAAAGUGAUCCUUUGAGGAACUCAAGACUGGAUCUAAUCUGGUUACACACAUGGUCAGAUCAGGGUGUUUAUGUUGCGGGUCCUUCUACAAGCUCCAGAUCCGUUGGAAUGGGGCGGGUUCAGAUAAUGAUGAGGCAUCUUGCAUCGACUUUGUCAACAUAUGUUCCUGUAUCGAAUGAAAGGAAAACAUUUGCAUAUACGUAUCUUCGAAUCAGAGUUGUCAUCAAGAAACUGAUGGAUUCAAUUUGCCUGAACUGA